AUGAAAAAUGAAUGUGUGACCAAAGGAAGAGAAAUGCACAAUUUCUACAGAAGUGCCAACUUAGCCUCAAGAAUACAACAACCCCAACAGCAACAACAACAAGAACAACAACAACCCAUACUCUAUUGCAACGUUCACAAUUGUAUUCUGGGAAACCCAUUACCCAAAACGGACAGUCCUUACAACAAAAACGAAAAGCAUGUGAGUCAUAUCAAACAGGAAGGCACUGACGCAAUAAUGACGUCAAAUCCAGAUAUUUUCAAUGCGCCCAGAAGUUCUAUAAACAGUAGGACGUCAUUCCAAAACCACGUGGUUCAUAUAAAUCAGGAACAAGACACCACAGUGACGUCAUUUCCGGUGAUAUCCGGUGAGUCUGGUGGCUCUACUGACACAAUGACCCAGCAUGCAGUUGGCGGUGAAGACGACCAAGGUGUGGCAUACAAACCCCACAUUCAGCGCAGCGCUAUCCGUAAAAAUGUCGCAUUGCUGGAAGAAAGAAAUCUAAAAUUUAAAUCCAAGAGCAAUGAAUACCAAAUGGCGCUGAAGAGAAACGAAGUUCAUACCUCAAUGGCACUUGGACAAAUCAUGCCCAAAAAGGUGGGACCGGCCACGGCCCUCCAUGAACUCAAUGGAAAGCAGCACCCGAGCACUACUGGCCCCGCUGUCCCGAUACUGUCCGAGUAUGGCUUUAACCAUAGUCGAAACUCCCGUGUCCAAGCUCCCUCAUCGCUGAAAGACAGUUCUUACAAAUCAUUCUCUAUAAAUCAGGAGUCCAUUGUUAAGCCACUGUUGGAUCCAUAUGCCUCCAUACAUUUUCGAGCAGCAAUAGCACCCCGGGGCACUAUCAUCUCUUAUGCCCCUUCCUAUGCCCCUCCUACCAUGGCGCCUUCUCUACCGGUCACCCAAAUUGACUCAAUAACAAGUGAUUCACAACCUUCGCGCAUAUCCACCAACAUUGGCCCAGCACUGACACAUGUCCAGUCCAGUACUGCUCCAAUGAUGCUCCAACCAGGGCCCAAGGAUGCUGCCCGUAAGCACGUGUGUGACGUGUGCGGUGUGUCAUUCACGCGCCCCAGCACGUUCGUCACCCACAAGCGCAUCCAUACCGGUGACAAGCCCUUUGAGUGUGAGACAUGUGGGAGAGCCUUCCGUCACCCUAGCAACCUCACCCGUCACCGUCUGAUCCACACCGCGCACAAACCGCACGUCUGUCCACACUGUGGCAAGGCGUUUAACCGCUCAUCCAAUCUUCACAUCCAUCUGAGAACCCAUUCAGACGUGCGCAUGUUCACGUGCCAAUACUGCGGCAAGGGCUUCAACCAGAAGGGUAAUCUACAAGCUCACGUGUACCGACACACAGGCGAGAGGCCAUUCAAGUGUCACAUCUGUGGCAAAGGCUUCACCUUGGCCUCCACGCGCACCACACACCUUCGCACGCAUACUAAUGAGAAGCCAUUUCAAUGCAAAUACUGCGAAAAGUCUUUUAACCAGAAAAAAAUCACUGACAUCGUAUUAUUUCCCAUGCCAUCAAGGAAAGGGGGGCGACUUUUUGUGCUAGAUCCUCGCAAGGUGAAAAUCUAG